AUGCCGCCAAGUAGCUUACGGGUAGUGUACGCGUUCGCCAGAGAAAUGCAUCCGAAAACGACCGAUGUUUUCAUACAAUACGGCACAGCCGGAUUCCGCACAAAGGCCAUCUUGUUGGAACAUGUGGUCUACCGCAUGGGAUUGUUGGCUGUUAUCCGCUCCAGGGUGAAAAAUGGUCGCACAAUAGGAAUGAUGAUAACUGCAUCGCACAAUUUGGAGCCAGACAACGGUGUGAAGUUGGUUGACCCUGACGGUGAGAUGCUGGAGGAAGAAUGGGAGUCCCUUGCGACGAAAUUGGCUAAUGUCAGUGACAAUGAUCUGGAAGCGACGACGAUGGAGAUCAUACAGGAGGUCAAGGCUGAUAUGACCCUGAAGGCCAGUGUAUUCAUUGGGAUGGACACCAGAUACACAAGUCCUCGACUAGCUGCAGCGGCGGCGAAUGGCGUGAUAGCUCUGAAGGGGACUCCGAAGGAGUUCGGCAUAGUGACCACUCCCAUGUUGCACUUCUUCGUCAAGUGCCGCAAUGAUAAUUCUUACGGAACUCCCACUGAAGAAGGAUAUUACGAGAAAAUCAUAGGCGCAUACAAGAACAUGCGUAAGAGUCUACCGACGAUAGGGGACUACUCCCCCUGUUUGUACGUAGAUGGCGCCAAUGGUGUAGGGGGCAAGAAACUAAAGAAUGUAAAGAAAAACUUCGACGAGGAGGAACUUGAACUACAUCUGUUUAAUUUGGGCGGGUCUGGAGAGAAGCUGAAUUUGGGUUGCGGCGCAGACCAUGUGAAAGUGACGCAGACUCCCGCUAAGGGCAUCCCGAGCACGCCGUACCAACGUAUCGCAUCACUCGACGGAGACGGCGACCGACUGGUGUAUUAUUAUACUGAUGACAAGGACAAAAUGCACCUACUAGACGGAGACCGUAUAGCCACGUUGCUAGCUUCAUACAUCACGGAGUUGUUGCAGCGAUGCCAGACUACUGAGAUACAACUCGGCAUAGUACAGACUGCGUACGCCAACGGAGCCUCCACUAAAUAUAUCACUGAUACUCUUAAAAUCCCAGUUCAAUGCGUAAAGACCGGAGUGAAACACUUACACAGCGCAGCGCACAAGUACGACAUCGGAGUUUACUUCGAGGCCAACGGACACGGCACUGUACUCUACAGCAGUAAGGCCAAGAAUGUCAUCAGCAGGAUAGCCAAGGAGGGAGACCCAGAACCACGCGAAGCAGCAAAAUUACUAAACCAAUUCAUAGAGAUGACGAACGAAACAGUGGGCGAUGCGAUAUCGGACCUACUCCUGGUGGAGACUGUACUCUGUGCGCGAGGCAUCUCCGCCGUGCAGUGGAUGCAGAUAUACAGGGACCUGCCUUGUAGGCAACUCAAAGUUACUGUCGCGGACCGUAACGCCAUUCAGACAACUGACGCGGAACGUCAGUGCACUAGUCCCGAAGGUCUACAGCAACGUAUCAACGAGCUGGUGGCCAAGUACCCGAGUGGUCGGGCCUUCGCCAGGCCUUCCGGGACUGAGGAUAUUGUCAGAAUCUAUGCAGAGGCUGAGAGCCAAUUGGAGGCAGACACAUUAGCAGCGGAAGUAUGUCAAGCAGUAUUCGACCUCGCCGGCGGUGUCGGCAACCGACCUGAACUGCCCAAGACUUCGGAAGAAUAA